AUGUCGCUUGCCAGGCAUUAUAUUAAAGAGCGUGGGGUGCAGACUGCUGAGAAUGGGGAGACAGUGAGCAGAGGAAUAGACACAUGUGGCAGGAAUGGAGAGACAGGGGGACAUGAACUUUUGCUAGAUUGUCCACGAGUCGUUAUUUUUGGCUCUGGGCCCGGCUCUGUAACGGUUGCAAGAGAACAUGCACUCGCUGGACACUACGUCCGGCUUUUCAGGAACCUAACACUCCCACAGCUCUCGUCUGUGCCCCGCCCAGAUCUGUAUACAACUGCAAAUUUUGAUAGAUUUGACAUCGACGAAGAAGUCAUUGACUUCCGUAGUCGGCCGGUCAAUAGUGUUCUCGAUCGCUUCCGAGAUACGUAUGAUUUGUUUUACAUAGAUGGUGGAAGCUCUCUUGCAGCGGUUUCGGGAUCUCUAAAGUCCCCCAAGUUGCCUGUAAUCUACACGGUAUCAUCUUUCAAACGGGCAUAUCCACAUAAGAAUACAGGUGAGCUCCAUGGCAGUGUUGUAAUUGUGUUAGGGUGCGACUCUACAUCCCUGCACACUGCAAGAUGGGCGCGUGACUUAGGAGCGGCCGUCUCGAUCGUAUCAGGUAAGCAUCCCCACAAUCCCGUGAGAGAGCAUGGUAUUAAUUUUGGGAUCCUUCAUCCUCCCUACAGCAUUGGAGAAAAGGAUCUGGUUGCUUUCAUCCGUAGCGAUCGGACAGAGAAUGUGGCAGACACAGCAGCUCCCCUAUUUUACUACUGUGACAUCAUCAUCAUAGGCUCGGGUGUAGAGUCUCUGACAGCUUACGACGAGAGACUGAUAGGAACGGACAGUACCUACGUUCAACGGGACACCCUAAUAGACCCCACGCUCACGUUAACGGGCCAGUGUCGCUGGACAGCACAACACUAUAAGUAG